ACCUAUCCACACAACUUGCUUUAGUGAUUAAACUUUAUUUUACAACAAAUUAAAGGUCUAUUAUCUCCCAACAACAUAAGAAAACAAUGUCUGGCUGCGGAUCAAACUGUGGAUGUGGAUCUAGCUGCAACUGCGGCAGUGGCGGAGGAUGUGGGAUGUACCCAGACUUGGAGAAAUCCACUACCUUUACCAUCAUUCAGGGUGUUGCUCCCAUGAAGAGCUUUGUGGAAUUCGGAGAGAAAGCAGCAGAAGGAGGAAAUGGCUGCAAGUGUGGAUCAAACUGCACCUGUGACCCUUGCAACUGUUAAGAUAUUCUCACUACAAAAACUGCAUUAUGUCUCUGUAUUAAGUGUGAUUGUAAUUAUAACAAUAAAACUACAACCAUGGAACAGAUCAUGAUCAGUUCUUAGGUUUGUGUGUUACUCAUGUGACGUGGCUUUUCUGUUUGUUAAAUUAUCUAUCUCAUACUUUUUCUGGAGUGUGAAUUGGGCUGUAUAUCAAUAUACUACAUAAGUUUGUUUGUUCAGUAAUUGCUUGUGAAGUCACUUACUGUA